AUGGUUGUAGAAGGCAUCCCAAAAUCCAUCAUCACCGACGAUCAAAUCACAGCAAACCCUAAUCGGGCCAUCGAAGACGACAACAAUCUCGAAAAAGGAGAGAUCCUCGAUGAAGACGACUCCUCCGCCACUUCCAAACCCGUCGUCCACCAAUCUCACCCCCUCGAGAAUUCCUGGACUUUCUGGUUUGAUACUCCUACAGCAAAAUCCAAACAAGCCUCUAGGGGUAGUUCAAUGCGACCCAUCUACACUUUUUCCACUGUCGAAGAGUUUUGGAGCAUUUACAAUAACGUUCAUCAUCCUGGUAAGUUGGUUGUGGGAGCGGAUUUCUAUUGUUUCAAGCAUAAGAUUGAACCGAAAUGGGAGGAUCCCAUUUGUGCUAAUGAUGGGAAAUGGACUGCGAACUAUCAGAGGGGAAAAUCUGAUACCAGUUGGCUGUAUACGUUGUUGGCUAGGAUUGGAGAACAAUUUGAUCAUGGAGAAGAAAAUGCAAGGAAGGCCGGCGGCGCCGCUUCUGUUCGCCACGAGAGAAGAAGAGACUUUCUUUUCUAA